AUGGCGAUGUUCCCCAAUGAAGAUGAGUGUGACUCUGUAGUUCCGGUCUGUGGUCUGAAGGCAGAGUGCAAGAACACACCAGGCAGCUACUACUGCACCUGUCGUACAGGAUACAGAUCCUCAAAGGGGGAGAGGUUUACAGGAGAUGACUCACAUUGCAAAGACAUAAACGAGUGUGACAUAGACCCAGGCAUCUGCGGCUCAGAGUCGGAGGGCAACUGCAUAAACACACAGGGAAGUUACACCUGUGCAUGUCGUCCUGGUCACAGCAACUAUGGCAACAGACAGGGCAGGUGCACAAAUCUUGUCAGUGACAUUACAGAACAAUGCAAGGAGUCAGACGUGGGGUGCAAACUGGACUUUCUGAAAAAACUGGAGCAGAAUUCAUCUGUGUCGACCAGUCUGCCGCUGACGGUGGUGUCCGGUCUCCUAGAUGCUUUACUGAAGACCCCCCCAGACAGUCUGGUCUCGAUGGGAGAGGCUGUGCUCCAGGCCACUGAGCAGCUGGUGUCCAGACUGGUGAAGCCCACUCACACUCAGUCCAGCAGAAACUUCAGUACUAACACCACAGAGGUGGAGAUCCUGAGCAUUGGGCCAAACACCACCCUGACUAGUUUCCCUCAGCUGGUAAUCUCCAACGUCCGUCUGGACAUCGACCUCCUGGGAAUCGCUCGGAACAACCACGGUUCAGCAGCUGUGGUCCUCAUGGUCUACAAAAGCAUGCAGGAGGUCCUUAAUGCCAGCUUCUUCAAAGCAGGACCCAGUAAAACUGCAAAAAUGAUGUCUAAUGUGAUCUCUGUCAUCUUGCCCGAUACACUUAACAAGGCUCUACUGAUUCCAGUCAACCUCACGAUGCAAAAUGUCUUAUCCACCAGCCCACAGGAAAAGCUCAAAUGUGUGUAUUGGAGAAUCAGUGCCUGGAGCGAGGAUGGUUGCCAUGUCAGCGAGACCAACUCCACACACACCGUGUGCUCCUGUGAACACCUCUCCACCUUCGCCCUGAUCAUGACGGUCGAUCAAACCCUGGAGAGUAACCCUGUGGUGGACGUUCUGAACACCAUCUUCGUGUUUAUCGGCCUUGUGUUCCUGACCCUGGGUGUGAUGACCUUUGCCCUCUGUCGACGGAACCCCAGGGUGUCCAACAUGUCUCGUCUCAACCUCUGCGUGUGUCUGCUGCUGGCUCAACCCCUCUUCCUGUUAACUCAGAGCUUCCUCCACCUCAUCAGUCCCCAUGAGGUGAUGUCACUGUCAUCUUAG